AUGGAUGGAUUAGACGAUCGAUUCGAAUCCGUACGUAAGAAAUAUGAAGAAGCAAUCGAAAGCGACGACUUGGACAAACAAAUGUUGGAUAUGAUGCUGAAGUCUAAAGGUACAGCGGAAAGAGUUUCACAAGGAUCCGGCGGCGAUCCCAGCUUCAUACCAGCUGGUAUCAAUCUCGGAGGUUACAGCAUGAUGAGACUGCAAGAUUCUAUUCUAUUCUUCCACCGAAUGAAGCUCAGAAACAACACACACUUCCGCGUUGAUGCCUUGCACAAUGAUUUUUCCAACAUGGUCCUCACAGCAAAGUUAUCGCUCAAUGAUCUCCACAUACUGGGAGCUUAUGAACGUGUUCUUACUGAAUCAGAUCCAUCUGAACUAUUCUACAAGCCUACAUUCGGUGAAGUAGAGGAAUAUGAAAAGGAAAAAUAUCUUUCACUAAACGAUUAUACCGAUCAAGUUUUAGAAAAAAUGAAAAAGAGAUUAAGAGACUUGAGUUUCGAAGCUGUUCAAAUUCCCAAGUUCACAGUUACCGCUGUUACUGGAAUUGCUACAUAUAAUUACGAAGCUGUAUUCAACACAGGAGUGCCUCCAGUAAAUGGUGUAUUGUUUGUAACAGCACAUGAAUUAAUUGCCCACAUGGGAAUAGUUCUUAAUAAAAACCCAGAAACCUUGAAAAUAAUUAUCGACUCCAUAGAACAUGUAAAGCCAGAAUCAAUAACUGUGGAAGGGCCUGCGAAUAGGAUCAUAGGAAAUUUAAAAAAUUUACUUGAACGGCAUGUCUUCACAUUUAUUUCUAAUGCUAUUAUCCACAACGUAAAGAUGAUCAGUACUAUUACGGAAUGUGAGCCAAAACUAAUUGCUUUUAAUCAUGAAGAGCAUUCCCGAGAAAAUAAAGAAAAUACCGACAGUGAGAAUGAAAAUGAACUAAAUCACAAAACCGAAGUACAGAUAAGUGAAAUACCAAAACAGACUAAAGAUUCAGAAUCAAAUGAAAUUCUAAAUGAUGAUAAAAAUGAUACUACUAAUUUUGAGAUAACAAUUGAUAAAUUUGAAGGCGACGCUGCAUCCAUUAGUAAAGAAGAAGAAAUUGAAAACGAAAAUCGAAGCAAUAUGAAGCCAGAAGACGUCGAAAGCAUCAAAGGCCAAAUUGAUUUUAGCCAUAGUGACGAAAAUCAUUCAAAGAGCGACAAAUCGGCAAGCGCAGACACUUCUGAAACCAAAAUAAAUAAAAGUGUAUUGGAAAACACACAAACAAAAAAGUUGUGA